CGCACUGUAAGGAUGUAUGGGCUCAUGUGAGAAAGAAGUGGUCUGUUUCGCUGUAAAGGAACAUUUCGGUUUCCAGAUUCGUAAAUGAUUGGAUUAACUACUUGUUCAAUCCUCUGAUUCGAAUGUUAAGUCAAGAAAUGUGAUUCGGGAAACUUUUUCGCUGUUUUAAACUUUAUGGAACUUACAGUACAGUAGAUACACACGUACACUAUCUGACUCGUACACUAUCUGACUAUCGAACUACACUAUAUACUGUAAGGAUAGCUCAACACUUAUCCGAUUUUUUUUUGAUUUUCACCAACUUUUGAUAGGUGUUUUCUGUUAGCGGGAAGUUUGUUGAGACCUUUUCCUCCUUGCUACAGGUAGCUGAUAACUAGACUCAGUGACUUGCAAUUAAUCGUGAGUUCUGGUUCUUUUUAUACCGGAGUUUUAUCGGGAUUUGUCUGCGUGUACAACACACUUCUUUCACAGGCCCUCAUCUCAUGCUUUGCUCAGUAUCAAUACAACAUUUACUGUUUAUUAGAAGUUCUCGAGAAACAAUGUCGGAAUACAGUUAGCAGUAAUAAACUUAUUGGAUAAGGUGACGCUGGAAUUCGUUAAUUAAUUCAUGAUGGACAUGUACAGCGGCCAAAUUCCAUUCCUCCUCCUCUGCCUGGGACUCCUCCUGGUGCAACUCUUACAUGGUGCUCUUGGAAUAACGAUCACAAAUACCAUCAGUAAUUCACGUCCACGCCUCGGCGAAACGAUAACGCUUGAGUGUAACAUUAAGGAUGGCAAUCCCACCGAAGUUUCUUGGUACAAGGACAGACAUAUCAACACAAAAGCAAUGAUUAUAGCGUUCAAUUGUUUAGUUGUCCCUAAGGAGUAUAAAACGAGGUUCACAAAGGUUAAAUGUGAUGCAAAUAAUUAUAAUUUUCAAUUAAGUGAUGUUCAAAUCAAGGACCGCGGGCAAUGGGAGUGUGAGGCUGAUGGAGAAUCGGCCACAAAUAAGCUGCAAUUAGAUGUUUUAGUUCCACCCCUCAUACCGACAGUUACAAAUCCAUCGCCGGUGAAGGUCGGAGACAAUGGAAAAUUCACCUGCAAUGCUGAAAAUGAAAAUGUCACAAAACCAGUCACCUACACAUGGACUAAAAAUGGCAACACUGUCUCGCCACGGACUGUUGAACCUGGUGCCCUGCUUUUUUCGUCUGUCAAAAAGUCAGAUGCUGGGAAGUAUGCCUGUGUCGCAACAAAUGAUGCCGGAGAUAAGACAAGCACGGAACAGGAUUUUGUUAUUUACUAUGCACCCGAUUCUGUAAAACUGAAGACAACCACAGCGUCAAAUUCAAAAUCAGAAAGUGAAACAGAAACAUUCACAUGUGAAGCUAUUGGCGGCAAUCCGGUGCCAUUGGUGAAAUUGAUACGCCAGGUUGGGAGUAAGAAAGAGACGCUGAUUGAGGAAAAUAAUCGUGAUGUGAUAUUUAACCGACAAAUGAUGCGACAGGAUAACCAAGUCAAAUUCUAUUGCGAGGCGACUGGGCCAGGAAUUCCCAAUCAGAUGACGUCGUCGUUGGUCACAUACAACGUCUUAUUUGCACCCAACACUGUGCAGUUGACGGAAAUUCCCCAAGGUCACGUAUCGCAAAACUCGACCAAGGACUUGAUAUGUCAGGGCGGCUCGGCAAGCAAUCCCAAGGCCAUGAUCGAAUGGCAGAAGGUCCUCAACGGAAAAGUUACAUUCCCGGAAAGUUUGACAGUGGAGGAGAACAUGGAAGAGCGGGAGUAUUACGGGGUCAAGGUCAUGAGCACUGUGAGCUUGGACACGACCAAGGCGAACAACGGAGCCGUUUACAAAUGUCUGUUGGUUUAUAAUGGAAAGCAGACCAUUAACUUGCAGCAUCAAGUCACCAUGGAUAUUCGCUUCAGGCCAACAAACAUUGUCCUAUCAGAAAGCCCUUAUGGCGCAGUGUUGGAAAACUCACAAAAAAUGCUCACAUGUGAAACAAGCAGUAGUAACAAACCGUCUUCCAUCAUUUGGAAAAAAUAUGUCAGUUCAAACAAGGGGUGGGCGACCAUUCUGGGCGGGGUGCAGCAGUUGGUAGUGGGCGAAUACAAUUCGCGGCGAACAGUUAGUACAUUACUCGUGCAAACAACACGUGAGCAGCAUCUCGCGCAAUACCUUUGUCAGGCCCGUUACCAAAAUUCCCUUCUGAGCAUCAAACAGACUACUGCCCUGAUCAUAUACUUUCCACACAACGUCCAAGUCAAAGUCAGCAAGACGACGGUAAAUGAACAUGAAUUUGUGCGUUUUGAGUGCGACACCAGUGGGGGCAACCCAGCGCCCAUCAAGCGGUACCAGUGGCUCUGGAAGAAGAGUGGCUCCACCAAGGAACAGGUCAUCCAGGACACCGAAACCAGCACACAGAAUGGAAAGUAUUUGGAGUUCACGCGUAUCCCAUACGAUAAGAGUGGGACAUACUCUUGUAAGGCUUGGAAUGAUGGUGGAAUGGGACAGGCGUCGACAGUCCUUAAUGUACAAUACUCUCCAAGGAUAGACCCCGAAACCAAAAUGAAAUAUGACGUCGCAGGUGAAAUGGGCAAGGAGGCAAUGUUCGAACUGUUCAUCAUCGCAAACCCAACUCCAGUCACUACUGGUUACACCUGGUCCAAGGAUGGCAACGUCAUAUCGAGAACAUCACCAGAUUAUGAAAUAAUUUCCGGGCCAACAUCCAGCAAGUUGAAAAUCAAGAACGUCAAAUCCUCGGAUUAUAAGAACUAUACAUGUUCGGUUAGAACGAGUGGGUUCCAGGCCAAGGUUUUCAAGUUCAAACUUCUCAAAGCAGGUCCACCAUCUGCACCCAGCAACCUCACAGUAGUCAACUCAACUGCUGUAGCCGCUACACUGGAGUGGGUCUCAGAAUUCCCCGGUGGAUCAGAGCAAAAGUUUUACGUUCAAUACAAGACAUCUGAAGAGAACUGGAAUAUUGCCUCAGAGGUCCCACCAGGGGGAAUAGCUGAUCCAGGUCUCAAGAAGGCGGUGUCUCAUAAGGUCAUGAACCUCAAGUCGAAUGUCUGGUAUGUGUUUCGGGUGCGCAGCAAGAACUCCCACCCGGGGCCCCACACGAGUAACUUCAGCAAUAUUGCCCCAAAAAAGACCCCAGAGGCACCUCAAACUUCCGUCCUGAGUGUGAGCCGUACAGACAAGGACGUCACCGUGCGAUGGAAACAAGUGACGGGAAAAUAUACUUCAAUAAAGGUCAAAUACUGCGAGACCGGCACAGAAGACUGCAUGGAUUACCUUGUGGAAAAACCAAAGGAGAACUAUGCAACAUUUUUUGUCGAUGCUGACAAAACUUAUUAUUAUUAUAUGAUAAUCGAAGAUGGUGGUGAUGUCGUCUACAGGAGUAAUCCGCUAGUUGACGAUGACAAGACAAAUACUGGUGGUGUGGCGACAGGCAACAUCGGCAUGAUCACAGGCAUCGUCGGAGGGGGUGUUGCGCUGAUCCUGGUGGUCAUUAUCGUGAUUGCUAUCAUUCUACGAAAGAAGAAGCCAAGCAAGAAAAAGAGAGAAGCUCAAGAAAUGCAAAAGGGUUAUAAAAAAAUGCCAGGUGGAAUCUACAAGCCAAUCACAGCAAAUGGUUCGACUUCGUUUGACGUACAUUCUCACGCAGAAACAUCACUGAGUAAAAAGCCAACUCCAGCUAUCCGGACAGAUUCUAAGGAACCAAACUGUCGCAUUAUUGAUGGGAAAGUAAAAAGAGAGCCUGUAAUAUAUGAAAAUGAGCCAGUCUGGGUUCGCCGGAGUGAUUUCAAAGUAAAUCUCCAAAAGCCUGAUGUCGUGUCACACACGCAGAGACACGUGGAGAAUCCUUACCAGAACGUGCCUGUCAGCCAGAAUGGGAGUCAGAACGGGAGUCGGCCACCAUCGGUAGCAUCCAGGCCCUCACGGCCCGGAAGUCGUGCCGAGGAAAAUCCGUACCAGAAUGUGAAUGUGAACAGGAAUAGUCAGCCACAGAGAUAUAGUGGUAGUGGAGGGGUCCCUCAGCCAAUUGGAGUGGACGGCACAGUGUAUGCAGAGCUUUCAUUCCACGGGGCACGAAAUCCUGCUCAUCCGCAAUAUAACUAUCCAAUCAGACGGACUGAAGAAUUUGCACCAUAUGCAACCGUUGAUUUCAGUCGAAAGGCGCCACCUAUGAACGUAGAAUACACUGUUUGAGAAUAACAUGUUGAAAUUGAAGGCAGCAACUUCAUAUUAUGCUAUGGCUAAUGAAUGGCAGUAUGUGUCCAGGUCGAUUAGUUUCGGUGCAUGUCCAAGAGGCAACUUUCGUGACUGUUGCUGGUCAAAAGCGAUGAACCUGCAGUAUCAUGUGGUUGCAGUGAUGACAUCGCAGGCUCAUGUCGUCUCAUUCCGCGAGUUGUGUUUACCACAACAGUGAACAAAGUCAGCGUGACCAUAAACAAAGUUAUGUUCCGUCAAGCGAUAUUGAAGCAGUACAAUGCGUUGCUUUGUUACAAAAAUUGCUCAAUGUGCGUCUGCAUGUCCUGGUGACACAAGCACACCAAGGAACCCUCGAAGCUUUCUUGUAUAUCCUGCUGUGUUUCUAAAAUGUGUCAAAAGGCGGCGCUAAGAUCUGUGAUGUUUCAUUGGAGCUGUUCAUUUUCUUGUAAAUGGCAUUCCUAAACUCUGUGGACUGUCGAAGACGAAUAGGCGACUAGAGCUAUACUGGAAUAAUCGCCCUCCCUAAAGGAGCUUUGGACCUCUCUGAUUGGUUGAAAACCAAAGGGCAAAGUUCACAAAGAAAGAUGUCUUUUAUAACUUCUCAAGAGCUGAUGCAUAUGAGCCUUGUUUUCAUCCCAGGUGUGUCUGGUAGUUUGUACAGUUCUGUAUUUACGGCACAAACUGUACAAGUCUAGAGUUAGUGUUCCUUGUCCAGGUUUGUACAGUUCUGUACUCUCUGAACAAGUGCGUACAGUUCUGUACAUCCUGAACAGUCCCAUCUGCACAAGCUACAACCUAGUGUUAAGAGUGUACUGUACACGGUGUAAAGCUGUUUUGAACGGGAGAUGUGUUUAUGUGAUGUACAGCAUGCUACCGAUGAUAAAACUGAGACAUUGAUGUCAUUCUGUUGACCCAAAACGGACCUCUGUUCUUGGACUACAUGUAUUUUCAAGCGCCGUGUUAAUUUCUGGCACACCUGAUAUGCGACAGACUCCAGAUAUUUUUACAUGCUUUUGUAGAUUGAUGGAAAUGGUCAUAGAUGUUCCAGUUAAGUGUCUUGUCUAAGGAUUAUUUUUAACAAAUGUGCAGUUGGUGAAAAUGUCAAUGUACUGAUUCAGUGGGGGUGAGGUAAAUGAAUGGAAGGGUGGAUGUGUUAUUUGGUGAGUAGAACAGCCUCACCCUCUGUAUAACUGUCUGAUGACUUUGGAGAUCUAACUUGGGAAAUUUGUUAGUUCUGUCGUGAUUAAAGGUUGGUGUUAGCCUUUCCCAAUGCCAGCUUGACAAAGACUAAUCUCUAUCUUGUCCAGAAAAGGAGUGUACAUUUGGAGUGUAUGUUGGUUGUAAGUUGUUGAAUAAGCAAAUUUGGGGAGAUCCCCAGUCAUCAAUGUGUAAAUUGAGAAGUCAAACAUCCUGUGUCAGGGGUGUGAACUUCGCCAAUAAUUUUCUAUACUUUUUAUACAAAGUCAGAUAAACAAUCUGGAAUUGCAUCCAAAUCUUGAUGCAACAUUUUUAUAUGGAGCGGUUUUAUUUUCUGGCUUUGAUUGUGUUACCUGUCUGUACUCAUUCAUUUCAGUUUCGUUUCAGUGAAGUUAGCUGGAUUUCCUGUGCUUACAUGUACAGUGCUUACAGAAAAUGUGCUGAAUAUUCUGGCAAAGCUCAUUCCAAUAGCAUGAAGUCUGGUACAUUUGUAGUUGUACUUUGAAGUCAUUAUCUUUUGCCUGUGGGGAAAAUUCAGUUCACCUGCAUGUAUAAAGGCUUGAAAAUUUUAAAUCUUAUUGAACCAUUUUCUGAUGGGAACACCAUCAUGAGCCUGAAUCCUGUUUGAAAAUUCUGCUUCUUUUGUUGCAUUUUUUACACUGUAUCACUCAGUGCUUGUAUAUAUUUGUUAAUAAGUCAUGUAGAUCAUUUUAUAGUCAUGUAAAUAGACACAAGAUGUUUGCAUUAUACUUGCUUGAGGCCAAAGGUUGGUAAAAUGACGAGUUGGGUUCGAAAAUGAGAUCUGACCACUUUGGAAUAUUUUGAGAGAAUGAAUUUUAAGAUUAAAAAUUUAAAUUUUAAAUGUACUUGAAAGUACAUUAGAGAUAUGUGGUAUUUUGGCAUAUAAAAUCAAGACGGCCCAAUCUGGACUUCAUUGUGGAAUAUUAUAUUAAGUAAACCAACCAAGAAAAUUCACAUGUGGUGUUGGUCCUGUUUUGGAGCCAAACUCUUCAAUGUAGCCUGCUAAGUGACACCCACAAUCGAUAGCAUCAACAUUCCAGAUUACCAUGUAGGUCAGGUGAUGUGCCCAUUGUUCUUAAAUCUAAUUGAAAAACACUUGACACCUGUCCGGUGUAGUGACUGUCUUCCCAUUAAGUUCGAUCCAGAGGUUAAAAGAAGGCCUCAGUUAGGGUUUAGUACCUUGUGCAUUAAUGUAGAGUUACAUGUAACAGGAUUGUCCAUGUCUUAUGUACUUCAAACCCCUUUAUUUUGGCUGCCAAGGGGUUCAGUCAAUAGUGUCAUGUUGGCCAGAAAUGAAGCCAUUGCUACCUUGCAGAUACAUGUAGUAGCACCUCUUCCAAGAUUAUUGUAUACGAGAAUGUUUUCACUUGGAAAAUUCUUGCAAAAUAGACAUUUUCAGUGCGAGAAGUUCUUAAAUACAUAAAAGUUACCCCAAACAGUCCAAUCAGCUCACUUCCAAGUGCCAGUGAAACAGGGCUUCCACACCAAGUCAGUUAUUGAGUUUGAUAUUGGUGAGCUUCAUGUUUAUUCUGCUAGUAUUUCGAAAUGGAUAUUUUUGGGCCCCUUGCGGGAAUAUUAAUCCAUGCUAAAAAUAUAUUUCCUAAAACAUUCUAUGAGUUGGUGGCAUGUACAAAAUGCAUGGGCAAUCCUUAAAGCACUUGUCCAGUGUCAGUUAUUUAUUUAGUAGAAUUCACAUGUUUUCCUGUUGACUUGCUGUCCAGUAGUGUGGCUCAGUAUGGUGAAGAGAUAAGUGACUUCCAUGCGGCUUAAUGGCAAAUUAGCUACCUUUUGGUGGCCAAAUGUUGCCAUUAGCCACUUUGUGUGGCUAAAUGGGACACUUGUCCUUUGAUUGAUAAAGCAAUCUGAUUUUUUUCAGACCAUUAUGUCAACAUGAACUUAAUUUGUCAAACAGCAGUCAUGUGACAACUUCAAACUAUUGGGAUGUGAUUAUUCUAAUCCAUGCACUAACAAUGUCUGGGAUCUCAUCACUUUGUUUAAUUUCUUAAUUUUGUAUGAUUUUGUACAAAUAAAAGUGGCUAACUUAAACUGUACCUGUCAAUUGAGUUUUGAUUAAGCGUUUAAUUAUUUAUGUAAUUGAGCACUACACAUAUUAUUCUGAAUAUUUUGUUGUACAAAGCACAUGGAUAUUUUAUUACUUUUUACAGGGUUUUAAAAAACUCUGGAUUUUUUUAUUUGGGGACAAUCAAAACGAUUUGAGAAUGUGUUGGUGUAAGGAAUUACCCCAUGAUUUGUUGGGUCAUGAUUUCAAGCUUCAAGUUACUCUGUUCUAGGUUGUGCACACAGGGCAUGCGCUCCUAGACUAGGUUCUUGGGAGGGUCACUAUAUCAUUCUUCCUUUAAAAACUGAUCAAAACAAGCCUCUACAGGUUACUCUGACUGUUGAUAAUGUACAGUUUUAAAUGCACCCUUUUACUGUAGAAAUUGCAUUCAGUUGGCUUAAAAAGAAGAUAAGAAGAAAGAUACACUUAGCCCAACAACAUAAAUUAUGGGAAAAAUCUCACUUCAACAACUGAAUGAAGUCUCUACUACACGUCUGUUGGGAAGAUUAAAAAUGAUCAUUUCUGCUGAUCUGUUGCAAAAAAUAAAACAAAGGUUGUAUUUUUAUACUGGGGAACUGCAUGCAAUAAACAUGGGUAAACAUUUUA